AUGCACGGGUGGGCGAGGGCGGCGCGCCGGCGAGGUCGGCUCUACUGCCAGGUGGGCAUCGGAUUCCACCUGCAGCUGCGACCCAGCGGCAAGAUCAGCGGCACCCACAGAGCCAACUCGUUCAGUGUCCUGGAGAUUUUCUCCGUCGCCAGAGGAGUUGUGGGCAUCUGGGGCGUCUCCAGUCGCCGGUUUUUGGCCAUGAACAGGAAAGGAAAAUUAUACGCGACGAGCUCCUUCACGGACGAGUGCCUCUUCGCGGAGAGCUUCCAGGAGAACGGCCACAACACGUACGCGUCCGAGCGCUACGGGGCCGCCACGGGCUCAGGCGGCGAGGGCGCGUGGCUCGUGGCCCUCAACAAGCUGGGCCGCGCCCGCCGCGGCGCGAGCCCCCGCGUACGCCGCCAGCACGCCUCCACGCACUUCUUGCCCCGGCUGCGGCGGGUCGCGGCCGCCGGCGAGCGCGCCUUCAGGGUCGUGAGUUCGAGCCCGAGACGCGUGCCGCCCGUGCGGCAGCAACUCGGCGGGCAGGCCGAGACGCGAGCGGGCGCCGCCUCCAAGCACGGGCAGAUCGAGACCCCGGGCGGCAGCCGCGGAAAGGAGGUCGUGAAGUACCUGCCGAGAUUCCGGUUUGGUUGA